GUACUGGGUGGAGCUUGGUGUGUUUGUGCAUGACGUCAUGUAAUGGAAGAUGGCUGGUUUAGAGUAUAUUGUUUGACAUUGUAAGUGUGCAUGCAUUCCCGUACUCAUAUGGAGUGUAAAGGAACUGGGUAAGCGCGUUACGCGGUGGAAACAUGGAAAAUUAACAAAAGUACGACGGAUUUUUGGAUUCCAUAUUUUGAUCAAUUUGCGAUGGAAGCUGCUAGUAACUUGACACUAGAAAACAUGGAUUCACUGACUGAGCUUGGGGAUGAGCUCACGCUGGGAGAUAUCGAUGAAAUGCUGCAGUUUGUCAGUAAUCAGAAUGGUGAUCUUCCUGAUCUGUUUGAAGACCAGUUUAUUUCGAGCUUUCAUGGCGACUCCAUGAACCAGACCCCUCUCAGAACAUAUCCUCAGCAGGAGCUUCAAGUUCAGCAGUUCCAAGCUACAUCCCAGUCUCAGCCACUUCAGCCCAGUCUGCCACAGACUCCAUCUCCUGUUCCCCAACGGACUGUACCACUUCUACAGCCUCGUCCUCAAGUUCAGCAGCAGACUGUGAUGAUUGCUCCAAGUAUCUGUUCUUCCCCACACACUAGGAUUGUACAACAGCCAGUGAUCUACCAGACCCCUACAAGUAACUUUCAAGUUCUUCAGCCACAAGUUCAAAACUUGGUGACUACUCCACAUGUACAGCCAGUAACAAUACAGCAUCAGGUCCAAACUAUACCAGCUCACAGAGUCCUAACUCAGACUUGUCCUAGUGCUAUCCAGACCAUAACAGCUGCAAACAAUGGCACAAUACAGACAUUGACACCAGCUUCCACAACAGUGCAAACAGUCACUUCUCAAGUCCAUCAGGUACCGGUUCUGGUGCAACCUCAGAUCAUUAAAACAGAUUCCCUUGUCCUGACAACUCUGAAGCCCGAUACUGGUUCUGUUGUAGCUGCUGUCCAGAACCCAAGUAUCACAACAAUUACAUCGCCGAUUCAGACAACUGCACUUCAGACCUUGGUUGGAAGCAAUGGAGCUAUUUUAACCACCAUGCCAGUAAUGGUGGGAUCAGAGAAAAUUGCAAUUAAACAGAUGUCUUCUACAGCGAUUAAACCAUUAGAGGGCGGCAUGAAGGAAGGUGAAAGAAGAACAACUCAUAAUAUCAUUGAAAAGCGGUAUCGAUCUUCUAUCAAUGACAAGAUACUCGAGUUAAAGGACUUGGUCAUGGGAACUGAAGCCAAGAUGCACAAGUCUGGAGUGCUGAAAAAAGCUAUAGAUUAUAUCAAAUACCUUCAACAGGUGAACCACAGGCUACGUCAAGAGAACAUGGCCCUGAAGCUAGCCAACCAGAAAAACAAAAUAUUAAAAGGUGUGGAUCUCAGCAGCCUAAUAGAUACUGACAUUGAAAUGAAGAUAGAUGAUUUUAGACAGAAUCCUCUGAUGAUGUCACCACCUCCAUCCGAUUCUGGUUCUCCUGCAGAAUUUUCUCCAUAUUCAAUUGACUCUGAACCUGGUAGCCCUCUUCUGGAUGAUGCAAAGGUCAAAGAUGAACCAGAUUCACCGUCUACCUUGGGUAUGCUUGACCGCUCCCGAAUGUUGCUGUGUGUCCUGACAUUUUUGUGUCUCUCCUUUAACCCGCUGACAUCUCUGAUAGAUGGAAGAACUCGUGAAGCAGACGGAUCUUUACAUCAUGGGUCAGGAAGAAGUAUCCUGGGAUUUGAGUCAAAAGAUGGUUUGAGAGGCUGGUUUGACUGGUUGCUUCCUUCGUUAUUCCUUUGGCUAGUAAAUGGUACCAUUGUCCUAAGUGUGUUUGUAAAACUCUUGGUGCAUGGUGAGCCAGUGACUCGGCUACACUCACAGUCUUCAAUGAAAUUUUGGCAGCAUCGCAAACAGGCAGAGCUCGACUUAGCUAGGGGUGAUUUUGCAGUUGCUGUUUUAAAUCUGAAGACAUGUUUAUCUGUUUUGGGCCGUUUACUGCCAACCUCAGGAAUUGAUCUUGGAUGCAGUCUGGCCUGGAACGUAAUCCGAUACUGUCUCCAGAAGCUGGGAUUGGUGCGCUGGCUGCUCAGGACCAGUACAUGUCGACUAAAAGCAGAACUUCAAGAUGAAGUGAAGACUAGUGCUCAUGAUGCUGCUCUGGUUUACCACAGAUUGCACCAGCUACAUAUUACAGGUAAACUUCCACAUAGCUCCAUAUGGUGUGGUUUGAAUUUGGCUUUGUGCGCAGUGAAUCUUGCUGAGUGUGCUGAAGAGAAGAUUUCACCAAAUGUCCUAGCCGAGAUCUAUAUCACUGCUGCCAUCAGUGUAAAAAAUAGGUUCAAGGGAAGAUUUAGCUUCUUAACAUGUUACUUGCUGAGUAGAGCCCAGUCUUUGUGUCAGUCUGAUAGUGACUCCACUCCAGAUUCUUUAAGCUGGUUGUUCCAUCCACUAGGACACAACUUCUUUGUGGAAUGCGACUGGUCAGUAAGAUCGUCUGCCAAAGAGAGUCUGUACAGUACUCCUAGAAACCAAGCUGAUCCUAUUAUGCAAGUCCACCAGGCAUUCUGCGAAAACCUGCUUAAACGAGCUUUAUAUUCUCUAGCAAAGCCAGAAUGCAGCAAGAAAACUUCAGAUUUGGAAACUAGUGAGUUUGCUACAGCCUUGGAGUAUCUCCAUUUGCUGAACACAUAUACUGACUCAAUGGGAAAAGCAGCUCAGAGGUUUUCCACUCACUCUUGCACGGACCUAGUUUGUCGAUGGUGGUCUUCUGCUGUCAAGAUGGCUAUCCAUUGGAUUCAAGGAGAUGACAGUGGUGUGAAAAACCUUUGCAGUGAAGUGGAACGGAUACCAACAUCUCUUGAGAUGUCAGAAAACCACAUUCCAAAAGCAGUCUUUCAUGUAUGCAAAGCAAUGCAGGCAUCAUUGAUGUUAAAAGCUGAUGGAAGCCAGACCACUUUGUUCCACUGUGAGAGAGCCAGUGGGUACCUUUGGAACAGUUGGAAUACUAGCGGCAGCCAAUCAGAUACAUUCCUCACCAAGGCUAUUCAGUUAUUUGUGUGCGAUCUGCUGCUUUCCAUCAGAACAUUCAUCUGGCAGAAGCAGAUUAACAGCAGUCAGUCUCUGGGUGAGCUGUAUCAGGCCUCUAGUGCUGAACUAGCUGGAUUCCAGCGAGAUUUAAGUAACUUAAGGAAGCUUGGCCAUACAUUUAAAGCAGCUCAGCGCAAGAUUUUUCUUCAUGAGGCUACAGUGCGCUUGAUGGCAGGAGCUAGUCCAACUCGCACUCAUCAGCUUCUAGAACAUGGCUUGAGGAGACGUUAUACACAGAACAGCAAGCAAGGAGAACUAGAUGCCAUGCCAGGACAAAGGGAAAGAGCAGCAGCAAUCCUUCUAGCAUGUCGUCAUCUUCCUUUGUCUUUUCUAGCCUCUCCACGACAGAGGGCAGUAAUGUUAGCAGAAGCAGCACGGACUUUGGAGAAAGUGGGUGAUAAACGUUCUUUCAGUGACUGUCAACAGAUGAUUUUAAAACUCAGCAGUGGGACAACAAUUGCAGCCACUUAAGAAGAAAAGUGUCCCUGGACUCCACUUUAUUUUUAUACUCAAAAUUGUUGUUCACAGUGCAUUAUUACUGUAUUAGUAUGGACUACUUACUGUUAAGGAUAUGAAAAGAAAUGGUUUCGUUUUUAAGUUGAGACCACGUCAAUAGAACACACUGUAAUAUGUAUGUAUAUAUAUGGCAAACCAGCAAGCUUGGUAGGCUAUAGCUGACAAUUUAUUUUAUUGUUUAUUUGCAUCACAUGUGCCGGCAACUAGAGGUGCAUUUUCGUGAAGCAUUUUGUUGCAGACUUUGAAAUGAAUAUUAAGUGGUCCCUGAAUCAGACUGUCUGAUGAAAUUGAAACUCUGUGCUUUUGAUGUCUUCACACAACAAGAAAAGAACAAGAUCUGCAUCUACACAAGCAGACACCAUGGUUAAAAUCAACUCGCAUUCAAUCUCAGAAUAAAUACUUUGUUUUCUGUAUAAGUGACGACUAAAUAACAAAAGUGCAGUGAUUGAAUAAGACCUUUUCUACUUACAUAAUUUAAUGUGUAUUUAUUUAACAGUUGUAUUGGCCUUGUUUUGUACCCACUUUCCAAGAUUUGAAUGAUUCUUGAACAACAGUACAUAAGGUAUCUGUGUUUUGGUAAACACUCUGUGUUAUGGAUUUUGUUUCCAUUUGCUGGCUGGCCCAGACUCCUGCAGCAGUAGCCAUGAUGAAGCUUUGAAAUGUGUAGUUAAGACAGAAUAAUCCUGAUGUACCAGUGUUCUGAAUAUGAGCUGUGAAGUUAAGUCAGAUCUAUUCUUUUCAACCUGCUAUUGAGACUGUCAAGAAUUAAACUGUCUUCACGGAUAUUUUAUACUGUAAAUGUUCCAUUUAAGAAGUUCUUAUAUUAGGUUGAGAUUUGUACUUAAAAGUAGUCAUAAAUACAAAUACUCAAUUGUUUGUCAUGUUUCUCACUUCUUUCAUGAGGAAACAACAGAGAUCUGUGGAUUAUAGUGAGUAACUGGUAGUGAAAGAUAACUGGAAAAUGUUGCCUUAAAACUGUAAAAAUGUAUGGUUCCUUUGGCAGAGUUUUCUUCUAAACCCAAACCAUGCACUCAUUUCAUCUUGGUCACUAUUCUGAUGUUAAUUUAUUUUCUUACAUAAAGAUUUGUCAAGUCAUUUGAAAGGGGAUAGUAUGCCAGCAUCCCUGUCUUCAGAGGUGUUAGUUGCAUUAUCCAUUUUUCUGAGAGAACACCCAAAACUUGAAAGUUGCCUCAAACUGUGAUUAGAAACGAUGUAUAAUGCCUGAGCAGCCGCAGUGGUCUUCUGUAUCACCUGAAUUUUUUUAGUCAUUUGAAGAGAUCUGAUGCUCACAAACUCACUGCUUUUCAAGGACAUUUUAGUUUCAGAACUACAGUUAUAAAAUAAAAUGAUAAAAUGCUCUUGAAAAGCAGCCAUCUUAAGUACAUCUGAUCUCUUCAUUUAGUUGAAAAUGUAAUUGUAAUUUUGAGCAGCACAGUGACUCAGUAGGUAGCGUUGUUAGCUGACAUCACUAGGUUCUCAUUUCAGUUCUCAGCCUUGGAUCUUCCCGUGUCUUUUUUUUUUUUUUUUUUUGCUGGGAAUUGCAGUUUCUGCAGAUAUCCCAGGGGUGUGCUAAAGAUGAAUAGACUAUUCUUAACAUUGCCUGUACACGUGUGUGCCAUAUGUGGGUGUGGGUGUGUCCUUUCUACAAUAGGUUGGAACCCUAUCCAGGACUAAUUUAUCAGUAUUAUGCCUACUGAGUAACAGAGUAGGCUUCAUCUCCCCUACAACCCUGAAUUGGUUUACCUCAGAGAAUGAGCAAACAAACUGUAGUUCUUUCAGAUCAAUUCUAUAAGAAGACGGUGAGUACAAUUUAAGAUUUUUUAAGGUAUUAAUGUUGACAUAUCUGUUUUUCUGUCUGAUGUUGCUGAAAUGAAAGGAGCCCUAGACAUGCUGUGUUUGCACUCAUUUCCCCUUUCUUAAUCUUUCUCUGUUGAAUUAAUAUGUUAUUUCUCUGAAAUAUACGGUUAUAAAAUGCAUAGUUCAUUUCAGACUUCCUUCUUUGGCUGAUUCCAGUGACAUAGAAUAGAAAUCCUUGCUAGUAAGAUCAAAGACAUUCUUUUGGUACUUGGGUAUGGUAGAGAUGUUGCCAUUUGUGUCUCAUUCCAUGGGGAUUAUUUAAGUUUCAAUACUUUUUGUGGAGACUGGCUGUUGACUGUGGCUUUGAAAAAUGUGCCUGGUAUAUACCUGUCAUUUUCCUUCACAGAAGACAUCUUAGUUUCAGGAUAGGAAAUGCUCCUUUUAGGUCACACUCUUGCCUUUCUUUGUUAGUGUAUUCUGCAUCUGUAAUUAGAGUCUCUUAUGUUGAACAGCCUGGAUAUUGGGAUUGUCCCAUCAGAAAGUUUUCUAUUGAGGUUUUAGAGAUCCUUUAAGAAAUGAGGAAACCUGUAACUGGAAAGUCCUAUUUGUUAAACUCAAAGAUCUGAUGAUCUUGUGCUUUUUCAUCUUCUGUAGAUCCUGGACUGCUUCUCUGAGCAUGACUGGAAGGAUCUGUUUUUGUCAUCAAUCAAGGCAUAUUGUUUGGCCUUGCUAGUGUUCCCUUCUUUGGGAUCUACCUUUGAAUUUUAAACCCACUGUCAUUUUCUUCUUGAAAGGGAUGUUAUUUGUCUAUCAAAAAGACCCCUUAUACCUAUUAAGAUUUGAACUUUAUGUGGAAUCUUCAUAAAGUCUUCCUUUGUAAUGGAGUACAGAAAUUUCAGAUGUGGAAACCAUAUUAUUGGCUGUCUUGAUAGAAGUAUUUCAGAGAUUCAGAAUCUUGCAUGUUGUGAACCUUACACUAUUUUUAUGCAGCCAGACUAAUUUUUUUUUACCAGUACUACCAUCGUGCUUGUAGUUAUACCAGACAUUGCUUUGAGUUUAGAGAUGCUGUGCCUAUCUGUCUGACCUCAUCCAAAAGAUGUAGUGGAACAAAUGAGCAAAUCAUGCAUAAGAUUGAUCAGGUUUAUAUUGAAACAUCGAAAGACUAAAAUUUCGAAUCAGACAUCGAACACGUAACAUCGAACGCAAACAACCCCAAAAGCUCAGAAUUUCGAAAACAGAAUGUUCUAACACCAGCACUUGGCCAUCCGCUCACCCGUGCAACCUGAAUCCUAACUGUAACACACCAAACACCACACAUCUUGAACUGUCAAAACAGAACCCAGCCACCUAAUGCAAGUACCCUACAAACAUAUACAUUGAGCACUCUACUCCGCUCAACAGAAAGUAAAUAUUAAAAACAAAACCAGCAUAGUAGCACAUGAUUACCACACUUCAUACACACUACGUACAAAGAACAAAAUAUUUACAUGAUUUACUACUCAAAUACACAAACAAGCUACAAACUAUUUCUUAUGUGGGGGGCUUCGCCCCCCACACCCCCCUACUUAAAUAUACCAACUCCAAGAUCGCACCACAGUGGAGGUAAUACAUUCACAUGUAACAUUUCGAUGUUAUGUGUUUUGCUUACCCUGCUAUUGAACAGUGGUUUGUAGCAGACGUUCUUCACAUUUCACAUUUCCCAGUGACGUCAGGAUGUGUAGCUUUGCAUGGGCCAACUGUGGGAGUCCAGGGUUUCCGUUUUUGGAAUUUUGAGCUUUCAGUAUUGUUUGCGUUCGAGGUUUGGUGUUCAAUGUUGUGCGAUUUGAGAUUAUGGGUGUUCGAUGUUCUGAUAUACACCCAGAUACAUCCUAGAAGACAUCUGUUUCCUGUAGUUUUGUAAGUGCAUGUAGUCAGGCCAUCUAAUCUCCUUUUUUUUGCCUUUUGAAGCUUGCAAAUUGAGGUCCCCUGAAGAGAAACAAACCAGUUCUAACUGGAUAGUAAUUUGCAUUGUGUUCUGUUAUGAUUCCAGAUGGAAGCUUCUUCAUGGGAACAAUAGAGCCCAUUCAUUUAGAGCAGUGGUGGCUUUUACCACCUUUUCCAGAGUUGUAAGCCCUGCACCCAUUUAUGUAGCUGCUACUGGGACCAAGAUCCAUAAACUUAUCAAGCAGUGCAAGUUGGAUAUGGUCUCUAGACCUAAAGAUAGUUUUGCUGUAGCAUUUGGCCGAGGAAUGUGUACUGCAGCAGCUGUCUCUCCUAGCUGUUGGAUGCAUAACUUGCUUUCAUACCCAUCUGUCACUGUAGGAACCCGGGCAGUGAUGCAUCACAGUAUGGAUGUGUAGUUUACUUGUCACAAGUGUAGAUGACAGGUGUCUCUUUCUUUACAGGGACAGCUUUCCCUCCCUUUCCCUAGCUUCACAGUGGUUUCUUUUUGCCAUAUGCCUUUCUUUUCUUGGAGAAUUUGUUUUGUUUUGUAAUUAGUUUUAGUACUGUGUUGCUAUAAGACUCCUCCAAGGGAUAAUAUUCACCCUAGUUAUGCUUGUAUUCCCUAACUGGGACAAUGUGUUGGAUUAGCCUAUUUCCUGAGAAGGAUCCUAGCUUCAGGAUAACAAAUUAUGAUGGCUGGGUUAUAUGCUUUGGGACUGCAGCCAUACAGCCUUGUCUUAACUUUCUUUCUCCUUCCGAACAAUGUAAUGGAGCUUUCUUUUACCCUGCUUAGCUAAUCCCUGGUAAGGAGGAAUUCCAAGGCUAAGUAGGUUAGGGGAGCCUCUGAUGUAUGGUACAGUGUUAAAGUGAUAUCUUUCAGUGGAAGGUAACUUCCAAUUCACUACCAUAGCUGGAGGCUGCAGGCACUACUAUUUGCAAUUUCUUUUGUCAUAGUUUCUGUCUGAUUUAGUUCUGUAGUGCUCUUCAUGACUUUUUAUUUUGUUAAUGGAGGACCAAUGCAACUGUGACCAGUCCAUAUACCAUUAUUUUUUCAGCUUUGGCUGUUUUAUGUGAAUGUGGUUUAACCCAUAAAGCAGUGUAAAAACAGAUACAUCAUUCAAUUACUACAGUUUGAUUUCACCCUUGAGACUGUCACUAGAUUGAAUUCUACUUAGAUUUGAAAAAAAAGUAUUUUAAGCUGAAUUCAAACUCAGCUUCUACAUGCAAGGUAAAGUCCACCUUUCAAGCAGAGGGCUUUGCAGAUAAAAAAAAAAACAAAAAAAAACGUAUUAAAGCCAUAUUUUGCAUCAACAAGUCAAGAGACAUAAGAUAGUUAAAAAUGUUUCCAGGUAGUCCACGUGUGAAGAACAAAAUGUUGCUGAAUACUUUUUUUUUCAGACUUGCACUGUGUAGAUGAAUCAUGGGGAUAUGCUGCUGCAUUUCUGGCAUGGCUAUGCAUCCUCAGCUUCUGACAAAUUACAUUCGCUGCAUGAGGCAUGUGCAAGGAGGUCUUUUUGCAUCUAAUCUUUGCCACCAAUGUUGUCAUUAUUUGAAGGUUUGUAGAGGAAGGUUUCAAGAAUGAAGAGGAUGCAGACUGAUGUCCAUGAUGGGGCACACUUGGAUGUAUGCUCUAACUACAUAAUGUUUUCCUACCUUUUUAAUACCCAGUGUACCUCACAAGGCAAGCUGUCUCCAGUGCAGAGUUUCUGUUGGAUGUCUAUUUUUUUACCAUAUUGCCUUGACUGCUUCUGCUUCUUUAAACAUUCUCAGACAGCUAGAGUCUUAUGAAUUUAGCAUGAUUCUUCAGGAGGUGUUUAUUCUUUCAUCUAAAGUGCAAGCCCUCAGAUGGUACCCUUUUUAUCACUUUGAUGCUAUCACCCUGUUCUUGUCAUAUCAUCAAUCACUGUAGUAUUCAAGGAAUCCUAAGAAAGUAUACAGAAUAUGAGGCUUUAUUGUACGAAUACUAAAGUGUGCAAUCUUCAGCUACAGUGACUGCUGUUAUUGACUGAUGGAUAUUUUCAGUGUAGGUUUCACAACAGCUACACAUUGAUUGUUGUUAUUUAUAAUUGAUUUUUGUCUCCAACCUACUGUCCUCAAUCCUUAGAGACUAUCCAUUGCACACUAGGCCUUAUUGAUCCCUAUGGGUAGCGGGAUAUGGGACGGGUGGGUGGCAUCACUUUUAUAGCCUCUUAUACUGCAUGAGCAGUUAUUUUUCACUUUGUGUAUGUUCUACUGCCUGCUUUCUCACCUGUUAUGGCAUGCAUCAUGAAGUGAUUUCAGUGAGAGAAGCACAUGCACCUGUUCAUUCUUACCCACCUGGUGCAAACCCCAUGAUUUCAACUAUGGAGCUUCCACACAGUAAACAAAAAAUUGGAUACCAAGUACCAUUUCCUAAAAGAAUAAAGGUGUAUGUCAGCUGCUCAGUCCUCCAGUGCAUCGGUGUGACUGUUAUCAAACAUAGUUGGCAGGUACUGCACUGUUGUGCUCUCUUUUUGCAUUUUCAGCUUGCUGAUCAGCUCAUAUAGAUUAGUGUCUGUCAUGUAUUUCAGAAAUUAAGAGCUUCUUUAAGGUCUUCUUGAUGUAUUUUAAUCUCCCUCACUACCAACAGAAUCUUAACCAAUUGCCAGCUUGAAGCCUGUAUGCGAUUAUAAAACUGUUCUGAUGGCUCGUCCUUUGAAUUGUUAGAUUCUCUUGACAGUAGAUAUUCACCAAGAAAUACUUUUUUUGUUGUCUGCCACUUCCAAGAAUAUUACUGAACUGCAGGGUUACUGUCUUAACAGAGAAUGUUUGUUUGCUGGAUCUGUUUGAACUACCUAAACUAAAUGCUUAUUCUUACCAGAAAUUAUGUCAGAAUUCCACCUGGAUUGCUUACCUUUUGUAGUAUCUCUUCUUACAGAAAUGUGAUGUGCAUUUGGAUAUAAAAUAGGCUGUUAUCUUGAAAGAACCAAAAACAGAAAACAUUCUGAGCUUUUUCAUCUUAACAUUCUUGUUAGAUCAGUAACCAGAAAUACCGUCUUGGAGUAAUAAUUCAGUACAUCAUAUUCUGUAGCCAAAAACAUGUAAGCCAGUGCAUUCUGCUAUUAAGGCUCGUUACUGCUAAGUCGGUCUUACUUAUGCAGAUAUGCAAAGCUGUAGCAUGGAAAGCCCUGAGAUGGUACCGUUUUUUAUCACUUUGAUGCUAUCACCCUGUUCUUAUUAUAUCAUUAAUCACUGUAGUAUUCAAGGAAUCCUAAGAAAGUAUAUAGAGUAUGAGGCUUUAUUGUACGAAUACUAAAGUGUACAAUCUUCAGCUACAGUGACUGCUGUUAUUGAUACCAAGUGUCACACUAUGCCUUAUCAUAUUUGAUUACCUUCUUUUACAUAAUUUAUGGUCCAGAUGACAUAAGCCAGUUUUCUGUAACAUACACAUAUGUAUUAUAAUAGAAAUGUUACUUGUAUGACUGUAACAUUGCUUUGUAUCUAGAUAAUUCUUUCAGAGUAGUAUGGCACUCUUUUGGAAUAAAAAAAAAAAAAAAAGAAAAGCAUUAGCUAUGUGGUUAAGGUAGUGUUUUUUUUUAUCCCAAGUAGCCUUUUCAUCCAACAGGUAUACAUUAAUAUUGUAGGAACUGGGACAAUGAUUCAUCACAAUAUGAAUAUGAUAAGGUUAAACUAUUUGUUUAAAACUCUGAUAGAAAAUAAAUAUUCUCUAAUUACCAUACAUUGUGAAGCCAUACCAUGUACAGUGUUACAAACCUGCUGGACUAAAUAGCGUGGAGUACACGGAUUAAAAGCACACUAGAAAUGAGAAAAAUUUACCUACCUGCAUGGGGAGUUUGCUGUCUGGUAAGCAUUUCUUCCAUUAUUGGUCAAAGGAGGUUGUAAGCCUCUGGGUUGGACAUGGCAGUAUAGCACAAGCAGUGUUGUUAGGUAAUAUUGCUGUGUUAUGUCCAGAAAGCAUCUUGCAUAGGCUUUCACUUAAUGCAGAUUUCAAUACUGCUUUAAAUGAUGCCUCCCCCAAAGUACAUUUUAAGAUAUUUAGUGCAAUUUUUCUUUAUAUCAGUGUUAAGUGUAGUGAAGCCACCAGUUUUCUAGGGUAAUGCAUGAAAUGCAGGUACUAAGUGAAUUGUUUCAUUUCAUGAAAUUAACAAUGAUUUUACUGAUGAAAUUAACUCUACCCCGUAUUGCUAGUUGUAAAGUAUAUACAUAAUAAUACACAAGCAACAAGAUAAGGCAUAUUUGGCAAAAUGGCAAGUCUGAGCACAUAGAUUGCACGGUAUGCAGAAGUAUGCAAGUGAAUAUACAGAUGUCAUUGUCACAGCUAAUGUAGUUCUAGUUGCUUGGGUAUACAAAUGGGACCUUCCAGUGGGGAAAAUGUUAUGUCUAAUUGCUUGAUUAAUGCAGUUGUCUGAGACUAGUUGCAAAUGAUUUUUGUGACCCUCGAGGUGGCAAAAAUCCUUUUUAAUCUCUGGGCAGAUAGUUUUGAAUCCCAUUGUAUGCUUAUGAAAUCAGGUGAAGGUUGAAAGUUAAGCAUUCCUUUCCUGUUAAUUUGAACAGCUUCCACAGUACCCAUUUUGCAUUCACUGUUGUGCAUUUGGAAACGUAUUCCAGCUUUUUAAUUUACAGUCUUAUCGUAAUGUAUGUAGAGUAAUUGUAGACAUGUAUCCCUCAAAUGCAGUAAUGAGUUAUUCUGGCCUAAACCAAUGAAAAUAUAUUUUUCUGGUGAUUGCAUCACUACACCUUUUAUGAUGCAUUUCUUUUGUUUGUUUUUGAGAUGCAUUUUGCAGUAACUGUAAAAUGAUUUAUAGUUUUUUAGUGAUAUCAGUUCUGUGUAUUAUUUGUAGUACUUUUUGGUUAGAGCAGGUAAUGCUGAGGGAUCUGCUCUUUUGUAAAAAGAGUUUAUAGAUUAUUCUGUGUUUUUAAUAGAAACUGCAUUGUGUAAAAGAAAUUAGCUGUUUAAAAGAGCAAAUGUAUGCUCUGUUGCAUUUUGUUUAAUAUUGCUUGAAACUUUUUUAUAUUCAGUAUAUUGUAUAUAAGUAGUCUGUAAUUGUAGUAUUGCUAGCCAUGAAUGUUCCCUUCUGUCAUUUCGUUGCAGAGAAAUAAACAGCAGUUUGCAUCAAGCUGUUCAAAAAUUG